AAAAGGAAGGGUGGGUAGCUCGCCUCGCCUGCGAGGUUAAGGUAGCGGAAGAGUGUUUGGCUGGCCUUGUGCUGGGGGCUGUGGAGACAAAGGAGAGAUAGAGGGCGGAGAUGGGGAGGGGCAGGGUGGAGCUGAAGCGGAUCGAGAACAAGAUCAACCGCCAGGUGACCUUCUCCAAGCGCCGCAACGGCCUCCUCAAGAAGGCCUACGAGCUCUCCGUGCUCUGCGACGCCGAGGUGGCGCUCAUCGUCUUCUCCAGCCGCGGCAAGCUCUACGAGUUCGGCAGCGCUGGAGUAAACAAUACACUGGAAAAGUAUCACAAUUGUUGUUACAAUGCUCAAGGUUCCAACAGUGAAUUUGGGGGUGAACCUCAGGGUUGGUACCAAGAAAUGUCAAGACUCAAGGCAAAGCUUGAUUCGCUCCAACGUUCUCAGAGGCACAUGCUUGGUGAGGACCUUGGACCACUGAGCAUAAAGGAACUGCAGCAACUGGAAAAACAACUUGAAUAUGCACUGUCACAGGCUCGACAGCGGAAGGUUCACCAUACUCAAAUGAUGAUGGAGCAGGUGGAUGAGCUUCGCCGAAAGGAGCGCCAACUUGGGGAGCUUAACAAGCAACUGAAAAACAAGCUGGAAGCAGAAGGUUCCAGCAACUACAGGACCGUCCAAACCUCCUGGGCUAUUGAAGCUGCCGUGGGUACCGAUGGCGGUUCACUCUCCGCGCCAAAUUCUCAGACACCAGCAGCUGCUAUGGAUUGCGAGCCCACUCUGCAAAUUGGGUAUCACCAGUUCGUUUCUCCUGAGGCAGCUGCAACCAUGCCUAGAAGCAGCACUACUGAAGGAGGGGAGCAGAACAGCCACUUCUUGCUCGGCUGGGCCCUUUGAUCGAGCUGCUCUCGAUCUAUGGAAGCAAAUAAUUGUCACGUACGUAUGUACGCGUAUGGUAUAACAAGCGAUCGAUCAGACGUAUAUGGUCACUACCAUAAUUUGCAUGCAGGUCCUAGCAGCUAUAUAUGGUAUUCCCUAGCUAUAAGCAUGCACUGUACUCUCUACCCAACUAUAUGAUGGCUCCCUGCUAGAGUUCAGAACUGUGCUAGCUAGCCUUCUGCUUGUCCUUGAUUCUUGGAUUAAAAUCAGCCCUUGAGUUGAAGGCCCGUUAGUUAUAGGGAUUGUACUCUAUCUGUUCAUAGUGCGCCUUCAUCUCAGCCGGCCAACUGUGGAUUGGAUUGUCAAGGAUAUGAAGGUAGGAAAGGCAUGCUUGAGCCAAAUUGAACUGAAAGGGCAUGGACCCAAAUCAAAUAUUGAAAUUGUUUAUUUAGCACAGUCUAUAUUUCAA